AUGACACGACAAUGUGUGAUCAAGUUCAAGGUAGGAAACUACAAAGAUAAAGUUUGUUGUGAUGUCAUUCCUAUGCAAGCAUGCUAUUUGUUACUUGGUAUACCAUGGCAAUAUGACAAAGCUAACAAGCAUGAUUGGAGGUUGAAAAAGUACUCACUUGAGCAUGGUGGGAAGAAUUUCACACUUCAUCCACUCUCACCAUCCCAAGUGACUGAAUUGCAUCAAAUAUUAAGGGAAUUGAAAGAGAAGGGAAAGACAAGGCAAGAAUAUGAAAGUGUGCAAAAAGGGGAAGUUUUGGAUUCCAUUACUUCUAAGGGUGGGGCUUCAGGUUCUAAGGAUCAAAAGGGUCAAGGAGCCGUAGUUAUGUUGGAUAGGAGGAAAGAAUUGUUCAAGGAUGAAGAUACGGACACUCCUAUGCUCCGCCUAGAGUUUGAUGAUGUAUUCCCACAAGAAUUACCAAAAAGGUUUCCCCCAAUAUGGGGAAUUGAGAACCAAAUUGAUUUGGUGUGA